AUGUUCGUCACAGACAUACGAAAGGAGUUUUAUGAAGUUGUCUCUAACCAGAGAGUUGCCCUCCUGGUGGCAGCGGAUAUCGACGCCCUGUGCGCCUGUAAGAUUCUGCAGGCGCUCUUUCACUGCGACCAGAUCCAGUACACUCUUGUGCCGGUCACAGGCUGGCAGGACCUCGGCACUGCUUUUCUCGAGCAUAAAGAGCAGUUUCGGUACUUUGUCCUCAUCAACUGCGGGGCAAAUGUCGACAUCCUGGAGAUGCUUCAGCCUGAUGAUGACUCCAUCUUCUUCAUCUGUGACACCCACCGGCCCGUGGAUGUGGUCAAUGUUUACAACGACACUCAGAUUAAACUGCUCAUCAAACAGGAUGACGACCUGGGCGUACCUUCCUACGAUGACAUUUUUCGGGAUGAAGAUGACGAGGAAGGAGGGGAUGACUCUGGAAAUGAGAGCGAUGAGGGCUCAGAGCCCUCGGGGAAACGGAGGAGGUUUGACGAGGGAGCAGUGGAGAGGAGGAUUGAAAGGCAGCGAGCCAGGAGGGAGUGGGAGGCGCACAGGAGGGAAAUCCUGUUUGACUAUGAGCAGUAUGAGUACCAUGGAACAUCUGCCUCCAUGAUGUUUUUUGAGCUUGCUUGGGUUUUGACCAAAGAUACAAAAGACAUGCUCUGGUGGGCCAUCAUUGGGUUGACAGACCAGUGGGUUCACGAUAAAAUCACACAUAUGAAGUAUGUAACGGACGUUGCAACAAUGCAGCGUCACGUUUCCCGACACAGUCACCGAAACGAGGACGAGGAGAACACGCUCUCCAUCGACUGCAUGAGAAUCUCCUUCGAAUACGACCUGCGUCUGACGCUCUACCAGCACUGGUCUCUGUAUGAGAGCAUCUGUAAUUCCUGCUACACGUCCUGCAACUUCAAGCUCUGGACCUUAAACGGACAAAAAAAACUCCAGGAGUUCUUAGCUGACAUGGGUCUUCCCCUCAAACAAGUGCGGCAGAAGUUUAAUUCCAUGGACAUGUCGAUCAAAGAAAACCUGAAGGACGUCAUCGAGGAGUCCGCUAAUAAGUUUGGCUUGAAGGACAUCCGUAUCCAGACGUUCGGUGUUCACUUUGGCUUUAAGAACCGUUUCCUGGCCAGCGACAUGGUUCAUGCCACUGCUGCCUUGCUGGAGAGCACUGAGAAGGACGAGAGUGACAGUGACAACUUCAUCAAGGCUCUGGAUUCACUGACCAGGAGUAACCUGGAUCGUCUACAUUCGGGCAUCGACCAGGCGAAGAAGAAGCUGAUGGCCAUCCAGCAAACCGUCGCCAGCUGCAUCUGCACCAACCUCAUCCUGUCACAGGGACCCUUCCUCUACUGCUACCUCAUGGAGGGAACACCAGAUGUGAAGCUCUUCUCCAAGCCCAUGGCUCUGACCCUGCUCUGCAAGUACCUCCUCAAGGCUUUCAUUCAUUCUACGAGAAAUAAACGCUGCAAACUGCUUCCCCUCAUCAUGGCGGCUCCCAAGGAUGUGGAGAAGGGAACCGUCAUUGUUGUGGGAAUCCCACCAGAAUCUGAGACGUCUGACAAGAAGAAUUUCUUCGGCCGGGCGUUCGAGAAGGCGGCAGAGACCACCAGCUCCAGAACUCUGCAUGACCACUUCGACACGUCCAUCAUUGAGCUGAAGACGGAGGACAGAAGUAAGUUCCUGGAUGCUCUCAUCACGCUGCUGUCAUGAGAAACUUCAGCGCCGCCUCCAGAUCGACCCUGAGCUCUCCACAUCUUCAAGAGGCGAAGCUGAAAUGAAUGACACGCCUCGAACAUGUUUUAUUCUUG